AUGUAUUUAGCAUGAACCGGCCGUUUUACCAUGGCACCGAAAAGUGAAUCUGGCCAUGUAAUUCCGCCGGUUCUAAAAUGGAUCUAGUUGACGUUACUAUACGAGCUAGAAAAAGCAUCUUUUGAAAAACGACGGCGUGGCUUCUCUCAAACUUCUAGUUGCUAUCACCGACGAGAUACUGGGUCUGUUCUUUAUAGCUGAACUGGCUGCACUAGUUCAAAAUUUAUCUUUUUCUCUUCGGAAGAAAGAAGAUAAACUCUGAAUUAGUGCAGCCAAUUCAAUUCGGUUCAGCUGUAAAGAACAGAUCCACUAUUAAAGACCAUAGCCCUGGGUAAAUUAUUGUGACCAUCAAUUGGGCCCGAUAAGCCCGGAGAUAAUUGAAGGAUGUUGACAUUACCGGCCGUUUUGACUUCAUCAAAGAUAAUUACAUGAAUUAUUUAAUUUAUAUUAGUUAUUUUAGUUCAUACAGUUAUUGUUUUAUUAUCGAAAAUACCAACAAGUAAAGACCAAUGAGAUUUAGCAUAUUAUUGGAAAAAAUCUACACUAAAAAAUUCGCUACGCGCUACUGUAGGGAAGUAAAUCUUUGCAUUGUCGAUAAUAAAACAAUAAUUUCACAAUAAAAUGUAUAUUUUGUUGUUCUUGAGGCAGUUACAUAAAAGAUCUAUACAUUUUCGAUAAUAAAACAAUAAUUGGAUGAACUAAAAUAAGACGCAACGAGUUUUUUUUUCCGAUCAUUUACUAAACCCCAUAAAAAAAGCACCACGAUCUUUAAUGAUAUCUCGUCGAUGACAGAGUGAAGCAUCUGAUAUUAGAACGUACAUUAUACAGGGGGAGAUAUUUGAAAUAUCUCUGUUACUUUUGGAAAUACAAAAAAUUUCUAAAAAGAAAAAUGUUUGCUUAAUCGAAAACCGCGUAUAUGUCUCAUAUGUAUGUGGUUUUCUACUGUUGUGUUAUCCUCUUAUCCCCUCUACCAUGAUUUGACGUGUUGCGCUUCCUGAAUCUGACAUUAGUACUUGAGUCUCCAUUCUGGCGUCAUUGCAUCUGGUGGCAUCUCUGCCUGAUCCUUGAAAAUGGCUUCAUGGGAUCGAGUGUUAUCAGGUUUCAACGCCGACGAUGAAACCAUUAAUUUCGGCACACGGAUAAUCAUGGAAAACAGUGGUUCACUAUACGAAGCGUGUACCGUAGCAACGAUUCAAUCACGCGAAAAGGUGGUUCAAAAACCAAGUGUUUUAGCAUCUCUUCAAUAUUCUAAACUUUGUAUAGCAAUUGAUAAAUCCAUUACAAUAUUUGAAGAUGAGAUGUGCGAUAAAAUAUUAUGCAAUAUUAAUUUUCCUUCUAUGAUAGUCCGUUAUUGCAUUUCCAAAGAUGGUUUCUUUUUAUUUGUGGUGCUUGCUACUAGAAUUUUAUAUUGUUUGCGUUUAUCAGAUGGAAAAAAAAUUUUUACAAAAACUAUACCUGAUGAUAAUCAGGAUAAUGUAAUACAGAUAUUUGUGAAAGCGCAAAGUGAAGAAGUCCUUAUAAUUCUUGUUAUGGAUACUGGAGUUAUUUACAGCUUCUCCAAGUUUUAUCCCAAAACUUUAGAAAUUGCAUUAACUAAUGAUGAUAAAGCUAUGAAUGCAGAACAUAUAACAAAUAUUCAAUGCUCUCAGCUAUUCAAGGGAUUUACAUCUGAAAAGUUCCUUAAUGCUACAAUAAAUGAACUGUCAGAUGAAUUAUCAAUAACUAUGGUAGGAAUAAAUUCUAUGUUUAUCUGGCCUAAUGAACAAUACAAUAACUUUUAUAAUGUAUUUUUGUUUGGAUAUAAAAAGAUACAGUCGCUAUAUAGUAGCAAUAAAAUGCUUUGUCUGCGUACAGAUCAUACAUUAAGUAUUAUAUGUCCAAAUACGUUACUUGGGUUGAAAAUAUAUGAUGGCCCAGUGUUUGAUUUUACAGUAAUACAACACAAUAAUAUCAGUCAUUGCGAAAUUUUAUUUUUAACACAAUCUAAACAGAAUCCCGCUAUGUAUGUAUUAUGUCUUAUUUCUUAUCCAGAUUUUGAACAGAGAUUGGAAAUUACUGUUCCUACCACUGUUUAUUUAUUGGAAGUCUUACAUGCUUCUAAUAAUAUAUUUUAUAUAGAAGGCAUUUCUGCUGAUAAUGAAGUUAUUAAUGAAUUUAGGGUAAAAACGAUAUUGGAAAGUAUUCCUGAAAUGCGUUUAGCGAGAUUAUUAAGGAAGAAGCAAUUUGAUGCAGCUGAAGUUUUUGCAAAAAGAUCAGGUCUUUCCUUGGAAUCUAUUUAUUGUUCUAAAGCAGCAUCAUUUAUAGAACAAUUUGGUUUCUGGACAAGAUCUACUCCUGAUUUAAUUAGCAUAGAUGCACUAAUAAAUAUUCUAGAUAAAAUACAAAAUGUGCAAUAUGUGACUGAAUGUUGUAGCAAAGUCCUCAUUCCUGACUAUAUACAAAUGAGACAAAUACAUUUAUAUGCUCAACAAAGGAUAAUGCAAAAUAUGAAGAAAGAAAAUAUGAAUGAUUUAUUGAAUACCAAUCUGUCUUUGAUAAACGAUAGUUUAUAUAGACUUGAGACUUUCCAGAUGAUUCAAUAUACUGGAGAAAAUAUAUUAUUAAAUUAUGGUACAGAUAUGAAAGAAUGGAUACGAUUUUUGCAAGCAAAUUUAUUAGAGGAAUGUACUACUUAUUUAUGCAUGGGUCAUUUAAAAUCUGCUACUCUAAUUUGGACGAGACAUUUUCCUGAUAUAAUGAAACAUGUAUCUAGGAACGCUGUACAAAACAUUUUUGCGAUCUUACCCGAAGAUAUGGCUCCGUCAUGUUUAUGGCCAUGGCUUACUCAUUUUAUACCUACAUUAUUAUCUUUACUACCCGAUACAAUAGAUGAAAUUAUAUCUUGGGGUCUAAAGAAACUAAAACAUCUUGAAGUAUCUUAUUGUACAUGGCCAGAAAUCGGCAUAGACUUUGCUAAGAAACUUAUAAAAUUGCUCAAAUUUGAAGAUGGCCAACAAUCUAUAUAUUUUCACCAAGAAUACAGAUAUCAGAAUUCUCUAUUGAAGCAGCUUACAUGUUUGCUUCAAGCUUUAUCCGAUAUUCAACAAUUGAAGAAUGUUUACAGAUUGAGAGUACCUCUUGAUAUAUAUAUUGACUUACCUAUAGAAGCAAUGCAUAUGUUAUUGGAUAAAAUACAUCUUGACCAAAUCUCAGAUUUUGUAAAUACAUUUCUUAAACAAUAUAUACUUAAUAAUAAUUUACAAAACGAUGCUGUUCUCUGUACAUAUAUACAGAAAACCAUAAAGAGCUCAAAUAGUUGGUGGUUCAGUGAAGAAGCUGCAUGGGAGAAAAGAGUUACUAUCAUAAUAGAAUUUAUACAUAAUAUAGAAGAUCGAUUGAAGCAAACUUUGGCAGUUUUAAGAAAAGCACCAGUACCUUGGAGCUCAACUAUAAUCAGUUUGGCAGGAACAAACAGUAACUUUGAUCAUGAGUUAUCUGUUGAAAUUAAAAUUGAAUGUGAAUAUGUUCCGAUAAAACUGGUCUUAAAAAAAUAUGGAUAUGCAACAAUUGGCGUAAAUAACAAAUUAAUAUCACGGAUAAUAAAAGAAGAUCGUGAUUCUGUUAUUAAUGAUAUAGAUACGCUAACUAAAAAGGAUCAGCAAUUAAGACAAGAUGCAUUUUGUCGAUACAUAAGCUUUCAAUUAAAUAUAGGGAAUUUGCAGAAAGCAAUGGACACAAUAUAUUAUUUAGAAAAUAAUAUCACUGAUGUUUUAUAUUGUUAUGAAGGGAUUAUUAAUUAUAUUGUUGCAGUUUCUUCUUUUGAGAACAUGGCAACAUCUUUAACUUACCACAUGAAAAUACUAGGCUGUUUAGAACUCAAAAUACAUGAUUUAUUAGCACAAUCAAAAAUUUGUUCUUUUCGUUACAACAAUAUCAUAAAAAUGAUAAAAGAUUUAAAAUCAUUGUAUACAUUAAAGGAGAAUUAUAAAAUUGAUAUUUCAUUGAAGGAUUAUCAUAUGCAGAAGUCAAUUAUACUACAGAACUAUAUCACAAAAUUGCUUUCAAGUAUGGAGGAGAACGAUUUGUCGAUAAUACACAGAACAGUUGUUAAAGUUGCUGAAUUGUUAGAAUUAGAAAAAUCGUAUGCAACUUUAUCUUUGUUAAAGCGGACGAAAAAUGUAAACAUAUUACUACAAUUUGUUGGUCAUGAUGAUGAUUUAAAUGUAUUGGACAAAUUUAAAUAUAUAUAUAAAAUAUGUUUAUUAGCAUUACAACAUGCUGCUGUAAAUACAGAUAUUGUAAAAGUUAUCAAAAACUUAAGUGCUUCAAUAUUAAAUAUUUGUCAAGACAGUGAUUUAGAAUCUGCAGUAAUAUUAUAUACUUGUAUCAGUAUAUGUCCAAGCCUUUUUAUUCAACAUUGUUCUAAUAUAAAACAAGAAAUUGUGCCACAUUCUGGUUGGAAAUUAUAUACAAUAUAUAAAUCUCAGGCAAUAUCUUUGGAUGAAAGAUUAUUGUUUCUAUUCAAUGAUGCAAUAUUUCUUUACUUACAUUUUUCAAAUCAAAUUGAUAAUAAUGAAAUUACAAAUUGCAAUGAGCAAAUGGAACAAUUAUUAAAUAACUUUUUGGAAAAUGUAAAAAAAAUGCAGCAUCAACACAAUGAUUAUUUUUUAUUGCAAAUUUUCAAAGCGUUUUAUUUUAUGUACUGUAGCAUAUCAGUAAGAAACGAAAUUAUAUUAAUGGAAAUGAAAUCUAUAUUAUCGCAAUUAUUAAUGAAUCUGCUAAAAAAGCUGUGUAUUGAACGAUCGUUCGAUCUUCAGUUAGGACUAUCUUGUCUUUUUAUGUUACCUGAAUUGGAGGCAUGCUCCUGGCUUUCUACAACUUGCACAUUUUUUCAAUCCGAUCAUAUUCGGCAUUGUACGAUUUCGACUCUGGGAUAUGAAUAUUCGCGAGUAGGACAAAAUCAAUCGUUAAUACAGAUGUUUGAGGAUUACAAGCUACUACAUAUCUGGGCAAAACAAUUGUCACAUUAUUCAAUAGCUUAUAAAGAAGUUUUAAUAAAUGAUGCUUCAAGCAAAAGAGAAAUUUUAAUGCAGAUUGUAAAUAAUAAUGCAGAUUGUAAUAAGGAGAACAUAAUUCCCUUACUAAAAGACUAUUGCUGUAGCUUUGGUUUUAAUUUCAAUGAUUGUCUUUUACUUUACUUACAAAUAUUAUUGAAAACGUGGAAUCCAACAAUAAUCAUUUCAAAUAAGAAUAUAAAUAAAGAAUUACUUAUUUGUAAAAACGAAGUAGAUAAAUUAAGAAAGAAAUGUAACAAAAUUGUUACACAAUUAAAAGAUGAAUUUAUGUUAAAGCAAUGUAUCUCUACAUUAUGGGAACAGAUCACUUUUUACCAUUAUGAAGUGUUUAUCAUACUAAUGGAUCUCGUAGGAGAUAAAGAUAUGAAAAAGAGGAAUUAUCUUUACUUUUUGCAAAAUUACACUCGGAGUGGGUCUCCUACUCAAAUAGAACAUGAUGAAUGGCUACAGCUUAAUCCAGGACAUAGCACAUUACCGCCAAUAGCCCAAUGGAGACUUCCAUUUUUGCUUAAAGUCGACAUUUGGAAAAUUAUUACUCCUGAAUUGAAUUUAAGAACGUACGAUAAAUGGCUUGACAUCGCACCCGUACUUAAACUAGAAACGCAUCUCAUAUGUACAUUAGCCAUUAAGGGUGAAGUGAUUCGUGUGUGGGAAAAUGAUUCUACUAAAUCGAAGAACGCUACGUGGUCGCUUUACUCGAAGAAUACAACACUGCUCAAAGAUAUAAAGAAAUGUAUACAAUGCAUUACUGAUUCAGACGGAUUUUAUUACGGCACUGCGGCAUUGUAUUACGUUUUAAAUCAUACGCCUCCUGGUGCCGAUUGCGUCGCUGCCGCGAAAGAAUGUUACGAAUAUGCUCAAUUGGCGGCGCAAAACUCUACUAAAUUUAAGAAAGAAAUGUUGGAGAAAAUUAAAUACAAAUAUUUGAGAUUCACGUCCGAGCAUAUUCUACGUACAUAUGGAUUAGAGAAGGAUAAAUAUCUUGCUUUGAUCGAAAACCCAUGCAAACUGGUACACGAAUUAUAUAAUGACGAAAGCAUACCGUUACGAUAUCGAACUACAACCAAUCACAGACCCGAUAUCAAUGCUGCCGUUAAUGAACUUUGCAAAUUAUUUUCAUUGAAUACAAUAAAAUUGCGCCUAGACUUAUUGCAAGAAUGGUUACAAUCCGACAUUAGAUAUACUGAAUUAUGCCAAAGCUUUACGGAGACAAUGUUUCUAACAUUGAAAGACUCUGAUAAGAACACAGAUUAUGAAGAUAAUUUAUUUAAGACAUGUUAUAUGCUUGAAUAUGGAGAUGUGAAAUUGUUUGCACAAUUUCUUAUAAAUAUAAGCUUUGGCAAUCAGUGCGGUCAGACUGAAUACAAUUGUAACAUACAGUAUCGAGCGUUACGAGUUUUACAGAAUAUUGUUGAUACUACUACUUUAGAGGAAUUAACCAAGCAAGAUAUAUGUACCUUUAGAAAGCAUAUAAAAUCGUUACAAUAUGUUAGCCAAUUAGAAUCAUUGGGAUUAUGUUAUAGCGUUAAUUCGUUUGAAACGUGUUCUAAACGAGAGCUUGUUCAAAUAUUGUUGAAAAGUCAGCGCCAUUCAUCUUAUGCUCUCUCUGUUAUAGCACAGAUUUGCAUCGAAUUUAAGAUAUAUGACAUUUUACUUUGGGAUGAUACUUUGAGUCAAAUGACAAAGUUACGGAUGGUGAACGAGUUGAAGAAAGUUUUAUUGCAAUCACGAAGCGAUAACGUCAUUGUAAAUUCUAAUGGCUACAAAAUGGGAUGGCAAUUGAUUAUCUCCGAACCAUUUAGAGAGAUUGAUGUGAAUCCGAAUCUGCAACAAAUUGACAGUUGCGUAGAGGCGAUCUGUCUAUUAUAUUCAUGUCCUGUGAUACAUGAAUUAAACUUCACCAAUAUUGUGAAAAAUUGUUUCGAAUGUAAACAGGCAUCUCUGGCCGCGGCACUUCUACCAUUUUUAAAUGAAUCCGAAAAAAAAUUUGUUUUGGAGAUGAUUGAUCAAAAGUUCCAAAUGGCAGAACUUAUAGAAGAAUUAAAUCAUUUUUCUUCUAAAGGAGUACUUACAGUUGCACAUAGUCUUACUAUUCUGCAAGAAUCCGUGUUACAAGGAUAAGCAAGAGGGAAAUUUUGUUGAUAUCAGAAAAAAUAAUCUUAAAAAUUAAUCUACUUAUUAAAUUAAAUUGUAAUAUUAUAAUUUGUAAAUUUAAAAAAAAAUUAAAUUUUUUUAUAUUAUUUUAUCUCCCCUUUCAUAAAAUUGCAGUAGGGAAAUUAGCUUGUGUGCGCAUUAUCUCCUCCACUAUAAUUGCGUGUUGCUAGUCUCCAUUCAUUUAGCAUCACUGGAUUAAAUCUACUGUCAUACUGCCGACAUGCUGCUGACAUUUUGCUAUGUAGGUAACUGAUUACUUACUACAGUAACACUUACCUGUAAUAUUCUGCUUUAUUGUACUUAUAUAAUUAAUGUUAUUUUUAUAUAAUUAACUAUAUAAAUAAUUGUGUUUACUGGGAUCGAAUAAAAUAUUAAAAGUUUCACAAAUAACAC